CUCCAUUUCUCCUCAAAACUUUCAUCAGAUCAUCACUUACUCCUCAGACUUUCCUUUCUUACCCAAAUCAGCCUCGCCAUUUCACUACCUCAUCUCUGUCACUCUUCUCAUCCACUUCUGCUCAUUUCAUCAAGAAAAGAAUGCCACCCAAAAAGACAGUAGUAGAGAAGAAGGCCCUACUUGGUCGGCCAUCGAACAAUCUCAAGAUUGGUAUCGUUGGUAUGCCCAACGUAGGAAAGAGUAGUCUUUUCAACGUCAUCGCCAAGUGUGAUCUGGGCAAGAGUGCCAACUUCCCUUAUGCUACAAUUGAUCCUGAAGAAGCACGGGUCCCGGUCCCUGAUCAACGAUUCGACUGGCUCUGCAGUGUUUACAAACCUGCCAACAAGAUACCCGCCUUUCUCACCUGUAUUGAUAUCGCUGGUCUUACCGCUGGUGCAUCUACAGGGGCUGGUCUCGGCAAUGCUUUCCUUUCACAUGUCCGAGCCGUCGAUGGAAUCUUUCAAGUUGUUCGAGCUUUUGAUGAUGCCGAAGUUAUCCAUGUGGAAGGUGAUGUGAAUCCUAUCCGAGAUAUGGAAAUCAUCUCUACUGAACUCAAGUUGAAAGACAUUGAGUGGGUCGAGAAACACUAUGAGACGAUCAAGAAAGCUUUCCGUGGUACCGGUACAGCUAAUCUCGCUGAUAAGGCCAAGAAGGAAGAGAUUGAUAUCACUGGUAAAGUGCUCGCGUGGCUCAAAGAUGAAGGUCGUGACGUUCGGAAAGGAGAUUGGUCUAACAAAGAAAUCGAUGUCAUCAAUUCUUUGCAACUGCUCACCGCCAAGCCAGUCACCUAUCUCAUCAACUUAUCUGAAACUGAUUACAUUCGCAAGAAGAACAAGUGGCUAGCGAAAAUCAAAGCCUGGAUCGACACCAACAACCCCGGCGAUCUCCUGAUUCCCUUUUCCGUCUCGUUGGAGGAACGUUUACUGCAAAUGGGUGUUGAUGACGAGGUUCCAGAGCGGAAAGAAGAACUGACCAAACUCGGAACUACCUCUGCUCUCGGCAAGAUCACCACCGCUGGUUAUGCUAGUCUUCAUCUUAUCCGUUACUUCACAACGGGUCCUACUGAGGUCCGAGCAUGGACAAUUCGGAAAGGUACCAAAGCACCCCAGGCAGCGGGUGUGAUUCACUCUGACUUUGAAAACAAGUUUGUUUGUGGUGAGAUCAUGGCAUACGAUGAUCUGAAAGAACAUGGAUCAGAAACAGCUGUCAAGGCUGCUGGAAAGUAUCGACAACAAGGGAAACCUUAUGAGAUGCAAGAUGGAGAUAUUGCAUUUUGGAAGCAUGGUUGAACACAAAUGAACUUUGGGAUUUCAUCUUUGUACUGAGUAGUGUAGUAGUUUGAAAUUGUACUGUGGCUGUCCCACAAGUCCUAAGCUC